AUGUCCACAGAUUUUGAAUUAUUACACGAUAUAAGAUUUCCGAAGCUGAAGGUUCAAUCAUCGAACAAAAACGGCACUGUAAUUCACGACGAAAACGAGUGCAGAACACCGAUCUCGAAAGAAAACAAGAUCCCUGCUGUUGUGUCGUGUCCGCCGGCACCAAAGAAACCUAAGAGGAGAGGCGUUUCAUGCAAGAGAAAACUUAAUUUCUUCGACAUCGUUAACAGGGAAGAAGUUGAUACGUUUUUGAAAGCUGCUUCCGAUGAUUCUGUCUCCAAAAGAAGGUGCCCUUGUACAUGA